AUGAAUAACAAUAACACGACCAUAACACCAUCAGAAGUUAUUCAAACAAGACGAUGGAUGGCUCAAAAUUGUUCAGUCCUCUGGUUAGAUGAGUGUAUGGAUGAAACAAGCAAAGUUUAUCAAAAUAUUUUGACACAAUUAAAAACCAUUACUGAUAAUGUCAACAGCUUUAAGCAGCGAGAUACAUGCAUCGACUAUCUUACAGAUGCUCAAGAAGAUAUCAAGUCUUUCCUCGUUGUAGAGAAUGAUACGGCACAACAAAUCAUGCCCCUUAUUAAUGAUAUCCCUCAACUGGAUAGUGUUCAUGUCUUCAGUAACAUUAAAUCCUUACGUGAAGAACCGACAAAAAAAUGGCAAAAAAUCAAGAGCGUUCAUACUAAUAUCGAUGACUUAUGUCAAGAAUUACAAUUGGGUAUUUGA